AUGGCCCCCGGUAUCACCGAACCCAACGCAACCACCACACUGCCAUCAACAACAUCCAAAGACCUAACGCAGUCUCGCGACUUCGCCAUCUACCGUCAUCUGGUCCCCCUCCUGUCCAAUCCCUCCAUCACCUACCUCAACGCCUCCUUCCAACCCCCGUCUAACCUCCUCGUCCACGGGGCAAUCAGCGCCUUCAACAACGAAGCCCUCCUCUCUCCCUCCCCCAAACAAUCCUGGCUCCAAACAGGCGAAGACGCACGCUCCCUAAUAGCACGGUACAUCAACGCCUCCCCAACAUCCAUCGCAAUCACCCGCGACACAACCGAAGGGCUGAACAACUUCGCACACAGCCUGAAGUUCAAACCAGGCGAUAAUGUCGUCAUUCUCGACUCAGAGCACCCCCACCACGCAUACGCCUGGAUGUCCCUCCGACCCGCAGGCCUCGAAGUGCGCCAGAUCCCUACAAUCCCUGAAUUCGAGAAAACGGGGCUCGUCGUAACCGCAAACGCAGACACAUUCGCGCCUUAUGUCGACGAACGCACCGUCGCGAUCGGACUUAGCUCUGUCAUGUUCCAUAGCGGGCAGUGGAAUGACCUCAAGGGGAUCUGUGAGGUGUAUCGCCCGCGCGGAAUCCACGUCCUUGCAGACCUCACCCAGCAAGUUGGAUUUGCGGCGGUGGAUGUGACGAAAUUGAAUGUCUCCGCCGCUGCAUUCUCCCUGCAUAAGGGGCUGAACUGUCCUACCGGCUUCGCGGCGAUGUAUGUGGAUCCUGAUGUGAUUAGAGAGACGGAUCCGAAUCCUCCGAUUGUGGGCUAUGGAGCUGUGCAGAAUGUGCGAGCGGAUUUACUUGUUCCUGCCGAUGGGAUUGUGUAUCACCCCACUGCGCGACGGUUCGAUCAUCUAAAUAUGAACCUCGUUGCUGCGGCGGCGGCGAAAGCGUAUCUGCGGUUUUAUCUUGAUGUAAUGGGGCCGGAGAAUGUGGAGGAACAUCUUUAUGCUCUUGGAGGCGUGUUGAGGAGGGAGUGUAAGCGGGUUGGAGUUAGGAUUGUGGGACCGGGGCAUGGGAGGGAGCAUGCGCCGCAUCUUUAUAUACUGGAUUUACAUGAUGGCCGGUGGAUGGAGCUGUUCAAGGAGGAGGGGAUUUAUGUUACCCCGUAUAGACUGGGGAUUCGGGUGUCGUUUGGGUUCUAUAACAAUGAGGAGGAUGUGCUGAGUCUGGUUAGAGUGUUGGAGAAGGGGAUUGAGCGCGGGAUUCCAGUUGCAUAG